AUGGCAGCCAGCAACAGUAACAUUACAGCUGAUCAAUCAGCUCUUCUUGCCUUUAAAGAUCGCAUGAUCACCUCAGAAUCUCAGAAAAUCUUGGCAAAAAACUGGUCCGUCACCUCCUUCGUCUGUGAUUGGAUGGGGAUCACCUGUGGCUCUCGACACCUCCGAGUGACUGCCCUGAAUAUUUCAGACAUGAACCUUACUGGUACUGUACCUCCUCAACUUGGGAAUCUGUCCUUUCUUGUUUCCCUUGACAUUAAGAGAAACAAUUUCCAUGGAGAACUGCCUCGUGAGCUUGCUCACUUGCGCCGAUUAAGACACCUUGAUUUUGGAAUCAACAAUCUCGGUGGAGAGCUUCCCUCCUGGUUUGGUUAUUUACACAAACUCCAAUACCUUUCUCUCAGAAACAACAGCUUCACGGGUUCUAUCCCGCCUUCCAUCUCUAACAUGUCAAACUUGGAGACGCUAUGGCUGUCACACAAUUCCCUUGAAGGGAGCGUUCCAAUAGAAUUUCAGAAUCUUAAUAAUUUGGAGAAUUUGAUUAUUGAGCAUAAUCAGCUUUCGGGUCCGUUUCCUCUCCACAUCUCCAAUAUUUCCUCGUUGCAAGCCAUCUCUCUUAUGAGCAACAGGUUAUCUGGCAUUCUUCCAGACAACAUCUGUCACGGCCUUCAGAAACUUACCUGGCUUGGUCUAGGAGGUAAUAAUUUGACUGGUCAAAUACCUUCAACAUUAUCUCAGUGUCACUGCUUCAGCACUUUUCCUUGGCUUCGAACCAUUUAA